AAGAAGAAGCUGCUGCACAGUGACGUGCCAGUCAACGAAUAAACGGUUCCAAUUCCGUGAGCCGUGUCCGUUAACGAAUGCCACUUACAAGUGUGUUGCCCAUUCCUAUGGCAUUUUGUGCAAUACCGGGAACUAUUCUGCUGAGUUUAGCGCAGCUUGCGCAAACAAACGAAAGCCAGCGUCAAAAGUGUUGGGAAAUGGGACGUAAUGAGCGGAUCGAGAGCUAACGUUAGCUCCCACUGGAAACCACCGCCGCCGCCGUUGGUGAGCGUUGUUGUGUCGCGUCGACGACUGUUGUUCUCAGAUUGUACGUCGGCGUGUGAUGGCGUGGCAGCAGCUCCCUCUCGACACGCGUACGGACUAAGUUACGCGUAAAAAAAAAUAAAAUAAAUAAAACGUCACCCCAGGCAACCCGAGGAGUAUCAACGCUGCGUAGCGGAGGUGACGUCACUUCACAACUCCUGGCCCAGCGCCUUCGGACCGAACAUGGAAGAUGAGGUGUUCGAUCAGGUCGUGUCCGCGUUCCACAGCCUGGUGUCGUGGGUGGCCGCCGGCGCCAUGGUGUUCGGCGGGGUGGUGCCCUACAUCCCCCAGUACAGAGACAUCCGCCGGACUCAGAAUGCAGAGGGCUUCUCCACGUACGUGUGCCUGGUUCUCCUGGUGGCGAACAUCCUGCGGAUACUCUUCCGAUUUGGCCGCUACUUCGAGACCCUGCUGCUGUGGCAGAGCAUCAUCAUGAUCGCCACCAUGCUCAUCAUGCUGAACCUGUGCACCGACGUACGCGUGGCCUCCGACCUGAACACCAAGAGGCGCUCCUUCGUAGCGACAGACAAUAAGGACGAGGAGAUCAGAAUCCUUAAGAGGCUCUUUCUGGACUUCGACUGGAGCUACUUCUGGCUGUGGAGCCGCUUCCUGGACUACAUGCAGUGCGUGCUGGCCUUCACGCUGACGGCGGCCUACGUCACCUACCUCUUCCUGGACUCGGCGCUGUUCGUGGAGAGCCUGGGCUUCCUGGCCGUCUUCACCGAGGCCAUGCUGGGCACGCCGCAGCUCUACCGCAACUACCAGAACAAGUGCACGGAGGGCAUGAGCAUCAAGAUGGUGCUGAUGUGGACCAGCGGCGACACCUUUAAAACGGGCUACUUCCUGCUCACGCAGGCCCCGGUGCAGUUCUGGACGUGUGGGCUGCUGCAGGUGCUGGUGGACUUCACCAUCCUGUUCCAGGUGUAUUACUACAGCCGCUACCCGCAGAAGCCGGCGUCCCACACCGUCUCCCACACCACCAGCGCCAAAGCUCUCUGAGAUCCUUUGUGGCGUUUGCAGAGGCGCUGCGGACGUCUAUAAACACACACGAGCGCCAAAGCAAGAUGAGACACACACACACACACACACA